CCUGCCUGCCCGGGGAUGACGGGCGCAGCCUCGCUGCUGCUGCUGCUGCUCCGGCGCGGGGGCCGCGGCGCCCUGCAGCCCGGGGCUCCCCCGCCGGGCGGCGCUCGGGGGGCUCUGACCCGCCGCUGGCCCCGGGCCCCUGCGGAGCGCAGCCGAGGCGAUGACCUCCAGCCCUUCCUGCCCCGAGCGCCCUCGGGAGGGCCCGCGGCCCGGCCUGCGCGGGCGCCCGGCCAGCUGUGGCGGCUCCUCGCAGAUAAGAGAUGCCUUGCCUUGACUGCGGGUUUGAUUUCUGGUGGCACCUGCUGCUAUUUUUCUACUUCUGGCUCUCAUCGCAAUGACCGAAGCGGUGGAAAGCCCAAAGGGAAAUCCCCAAAGGAAGAUGAGGAGGAAAAGAGACGCCGGGAGAGGGAGGACCAGAUGUAUCGCGAGCGCCUGAGGGUUCUCUUGCUCAUUGCCGUCGUCAUGAGCGUGCUGAACCUGCUGACCACCAGCGCGACCAGCAUCUCCUGGAAUGACUUUGUGAAUGAGCUGCUGGCCAAAGGGGAGGUCCAGAGCGUGCAGGUGGUGCCGGAGAGCGAAAUCGUGGAAAUCUACUUGCACCCAGGAGCAAUAGUCUUUGGGUGGCCCAAGUUGAACCUGACCUACGUAAUGAAGGUGGCCAACAUCGACAAGUUCGAGGAGAAGCUGCGAGCGGCCGAGGAGGAGCUGAACAUCGACUUGAACGACCGGAUCCCUGUCUCCUACAGGCGCAGCAGCUUCUUUGGGAAUGCCCUCUACACCCUGGGAAUGACUGUGGUGAGCGUUGGCAUUCUGUGGUACAUAUUUCGGCUGGCCGGCACAUCUGGAAGGGAAGGCGCCUUCAGUGCCUUCAACCAGCUGAAAAGGGCUCGCUUCACAAUUGUGGAUGGCAAAUCUGGGAAAGGUAUCAGUUUCAAGGACGUUGCAGGCCUGCAUGAAGCCAAGACGGAAGUCAAGGAAUUUGUGGAUUAUCUGAAGAGUCCGGAGCGCUACCUCCAGCUGGGUGCCAAAGUGCCCAGAGGUGCCCUCUUGCUCGGGCCGCCCGGCUGUGGCAAGACCUUGUUGGCAAAAGCAGUAGCUACGGAGGCACAAGUCCCCUUCCUGGCGAUGGCUGGCUCCGAAUUUGUGGAAGUGAUUGGUGGUCUGGGUGCUGCCCGGGUGCGGAGUCUCUUCAAGGAAGCCCGGGCACGUGCUCCGUGCAUUGUCUACAUAGACGAAAUAGACGCAGUGGGGAAGAGGCGUUCGACAAACAUGUCUGGCUUCUCCAACACGGAAGAGGAGCAAACUCUGAACCAGCUGCUGGUAGAAAUGGACGGUAUGGGGACCACGGACCACGUCAUUGUGUUGGCAUCCACCAACCGAGCUGAUAUCCUGGAUAAUGCUCUCAUGAGACCCGGGAGGCUGGAUCGCCACAUUUUUAUCGAUCUGCCCACUCUGCAGGAGAGGAAGGAGAUCUUCGAGCACCACCUGAAGGGUCUGAAGCUGUCCCAGCCCAGCAGCUGCUACUCCCGGCGGUUGGCCGAGCUCACCCCGGGCUUCAGCGGCGCUGAUAUUGCCAACAUCUGUAAUGAGGCUGCUCUCCAUGCUGCGAGAGAGGGUUAUAAAUCCAUCGACACGCUCAAUUUUGAGUGCGCUGUGGAGAGAGUAAUUGCAGGAGCUGCCAAAAGAAGCAAGAUCCUUUCGCAGGAGGAGCGGAGGGUGGUGGCCUUCCAUGAAUCAGGCCAUGCCCUGGUGGGCUGGCUGCUGGAGCACACCGAAGCAGUGAUAAAGGUGUCCAUAGCUCCCCGCACAAAUGCUGCGCUGGGCUUUGCCCAGAUCCUGCCAAAGGACCAGUACCUCCUGACCAAGGACCAGCUCUUUGAGCGGAUAUGCAUGGCCCUGGGGGGCAGAGUCGCGGAAGCCAUCACCUUUAACAAAGUGACGACAGGGGCCCAAGAUGACCUCAGGAAGGUCACCAGGAUAGCCUAUUCGAUGGUGAAACAAUAUGGAAUGAUGCCCAGUAUCGGCCAUCUGUCAUUCCCGGAGACUGAAAGUGGCCUGGGGAUUGGACGGCGCCCCUUCAGCCAAGGGCUCCAGCAAAUGAUGGACCACGAAGCGAAGAUGCUGAUAGCCCAAGCUUAUAGGCACACAGAGAAGCUGCUGAUGGAUAACCGGGACAAACUGAGGAUGCUGGCAGACGCCCUCCUGGAGAAAGAAGUUGUCAACUACGAUGACAUUGAGGCCCUUCUUGGCCCUCCCCCCCACGGGCCCAAGAAAAUGAUCUCCCCCCAGAGCUGGAUUGACGCCGAGAGGGACAAGCAGGACGUCGGAGACGAAGAGCCCCCGCCCCCACAGCUGCCCCCCUGCAAGGAGGAGGAGCGGGAGCCCCACCUGAGCUCCGUCUGAAGCCAGCUCAGGCCGGAUUCG